GGCUCGCUGGUCGAAAUGUUUGCUGCAAGGUUGCUUCGGGUGUCACAGCGCGUACACUGCCCUUCAUUGGCCUCGAGAAACAUAUCCACGACUUCCUCGAGGCAUUCUGACGCUCUUUUUGUGCAUCGGGACACUUCGUAUAACAACCCGAAGAUUCCCUUUGAAUUUACAUCAGAUAAUAUUAAGAGGGCAGAAGAAAUCAUCUCCCGUUAUCCUCCACAAUAUAAGAAGGCAGCAGUGAUCCCUCUUUUGGACUUGGGACAGAGGCAGAACAAAGGAUGGACGAGCAUCAGUGUCAUGAAUUACGUGGCUAAAUUUCUCGAAAUGCCUCCCAUGCGAGUCUAUGAAGUCGCAACUUUCUACACCAUGUUCAACCGGGAACCUAUAGGCGAGAAUUUCGUACAAGUAUGCACUACUACGCCAUGCAUGCUUCGUGGUUCUACCGAAAUCUUGGACACAGUCUGUGGUCACCUCGGCGGUAUUAAACCGGGAGAGACAACGAAAGAUGGCAAGUUCACGGUCAUUGAAGUCGAAUGUCAGGGCGCUUGUAGUAAUGCUCCAAUGAUGGUGAUCAAUGAUGAUUUCUACGAGGAUUUGACGUCGGCCACCACGACGAAAAUAUUGGACGCAUUUACGAAAGGGCAAAAGCCGAAGCCUGGACCUCAAAGCGGGCGAUACACCAGCGAGAACUCAGCUGGUUUGACGUCGCUUACUUCCAAACCGUAUGGCCCUGGAGAAUUCUGUACUCCAGAGUUCAGCUAGACGUCUUAUCGUUUUGUUGAUAGCUGUGCAUAGAGUGUUACAUACGACAUAUGAGACUUGCCAAGUAAUACACCCUUAAAUAGCAAAAACGGUUCCAAUCUCUAUCGAAAACUCAGUAACUCUCAGUCGUCUCCUUCCC